CCGAGUCAUCAUUCGAUUUCUUUCUCAGCAUGAAGCCGUACAUUUUCCUUUUUUUUUGCACUCUUGGUCUUUGGUCGGCCUAAAAUGCUCAAUGAUGCCUUACCUUGAUUGCGUGCGACAGUUUUACAAAGAAAAGAAAAUAAGACUGUAUUGUAUUUAAUCUUUGUGGGUGGACCGUGGUUUAAUAUAAGGCAAAUGUCUCGAACCGACACCAGUAGUUUUAUAAAUCCAGAGGGAUAGAUGGCGAGUCUUCGUUUAAUUAUCUGCUUUGUUGUUAUGACCCUGAUUGGGGAUACCGAUGCUCAUGGGCGCUUGAUGAAGCCAUGUCAAAGAGGCUCUCUGUGGAGGUGUUAUGAUCAAAACCAAUUCGCGUCAAAUUUCGAUGAUAUGGGCAAUUUUUGCGGUGGAACGCAAGUGCAAUGGAAUAGAAACGGAGGGAAAUGUGGGGUAUGUGGCGACGCAUACGAUUCUAGUUUCAAACGCCAUGAGGUAGGCGGUCCCUUUGCAACUGGAUUUAUAACAGAGACCUACAGCCAGGGACAGCAAAUUGAUGUAAUGGUACAACUGACUGCUGCACAUCUCGGAAAGUUCAUCUUCAGAGUGUGUAAACAAGUUGACGAUACCAAAGAGGUGACCCAAGAAUGCUUGGAUCAAAACCAAUUAAAGGUGAUAGAAAAUGGCGUUGCAAAAGAUUACUAUGAGUCUAAAGAAACUGGUGCAGCUAAGGUGAACUUGAAGGUCCAGCUUCCCCCUGAUAUGGUUUGCGAUCAUUGCGUGUUCCAAUGGUGGUACAAAACAGGCAACAGUUGGGGACAAUUUCCAGGACAGCCUGGAUGCAAAGGUUGUGGUCCACAGGAAACAUUCGUGAAUUGCGCCGACAUCAAAAUCACGCCGAGUGACGGGAAUCCGCAGCCAGCAACAAAAGCUCCGGUAACAAUGCAACCUGCUACUCAAGCCCCAGCAACAUGGCAACCUGCAACUCAGGCCCCAGCAACAUGGCAACCUGCAACUCAGGCCCCAGCGACAUGGCGACCUGUAACACAAGCUCCAGUAACCCAGGCUCCUCGCACGACUCCAAGGGUAUCCCCCGGGGGUAUUGUCACAUCCUGCACUGCCGGACAGUACCUCUCUUGUACGGCCGCAGGUGUGUUUGCAGGAAAUAGGGGAUACGAUACAUGGUGUGACCAAUAUUGCAGGGCCAACUCGCCUAACUGUAAGCCUCUGUUCUGUUCCUGUACUUGCAAAUAUUCACGCUCUAGUGGAUCUGGAGGUUCCGGUCAAUGUCUUUUAGGACCAGCCCUCUGCAAUUUCCUCAGGCAAGACAAUGCCUAUGUUGAUGCCAUAAAACUUGUCUGUGACUGCAAUUAGUAAUACUAUGAUAGAAACACUCUGAACUUUGAUCAAAGCUCCAAAUGAACAGACACUUUAAACUUUGAAAACAUCUUUAAGUGAGCAAUCUUUUCUACAGUCUUUUCUAAUUAAAAGUAGUAAACUUGCAAUAA